GGGACCGCGCCCGGGACCGCCCCUCCCCCCGGCACGGCGCCGCUCCCGCUCGUAGCCCCCGGAGGGACCGCGGCCCCCGCCCGCCCUCGGGCCGCGUCCCGCCGCUCAGUUCCCGAGAGGCGAAACGGAGCGAACGGCCCCAGUGCGGCGCCCGCCCGCCGCCACGAGGGCCGAGGGCCUUCUGAGCGCCCGGAGCGGCUCCCGAAUCUCGUGAAAGCGGUGCCGCGCGGAGCUCCGCCCGCUGCUCCGUGCCCCCGGCUGAGGCUGGGAGGCGGUUCCGUCGGCCGGCCGCGCUGCGCGGCGCAGAAGUGCCUCAGCCGGAGCGCUGCCGCCCCCGCGCGGGCAUCGCGCCGUGCUGCUGCGCGUCCUUCCAUUGGCGCAACUUCCGGAGGUCGUGGCGGAGUGCAGAACGCCGUGUAGAAACAGGAAAGAGGACAGGAAUGGUUCUUUACUUCACACCUGGCGUUAUUUUCUGCUGCUGCCUUUUCUGGUCGUGCAGGUGCUCUUCGGAGCAGCGCCGUGCGAGCUGCGGUUCUGUGACGAGGUGUGCUGCAGCGUGACGGGGGUGGUGCUGCAAAGCCCUGCUUUCUUGGCACGUUUGUGUUAAGCUUCUUUGUCCUUUUCUUAAAGGAAAAAGAAAAAGAAGCAUUUGGACGAUUGUUGGCUGUGAUCUUUAAUAGGGUUUGCAGGUGUGAAUGUGCUUUCGUAGAAUUUGCAGCUGGGCUGAAGUAUCCCCUCUUAAAAUAACAUUGCAGCUUUGUGAUUCGGGACGGUGUGCCUCCCACUCACGGCUCUGUAGCUGUGAGUGCUGUGGAGCAAGAGGAGUACUUGAGCAGAACCAAAACUUUAAUACGUAGCAAAAGAGGAAGAAUCAGAAUUGUGUGGUUCAGGCCUGGGACUGUAAGUGAAUGCAUUUGGGUGCUGCUUUUUGCUUUGCUUUUGCCUUGGUUUCUGCUCUCGUGUGCAGCUUUUAACCUGUCUGAUUUUUUCUGAUUUUUCUCUGUUGGUAAACUGGCAAUAGGAAAAUCUCUGAGAAUGGUUAGGUCAGUAGGAGAGGUGAGAAUUUCAGGGAUCUUCGUGCAUUGUCGCAGGCUCGAUUAGAAAGGUGGAAAGUGGUGCAGGAUGUGGUGCUGGAGACCAGAGAGAGCUGUGGGUCUUCGGUUUGUCAGACUGAAAAGCCGUUAGUGGCUGGAGAACUAACGGAAGGAAUGUGUUAUCUUAAAGAGCUGCAGAACAGAUACUGCCUGCCUGUGUGGCUCCAGGCCAGCAGUUUUCAUAGCUGGUAGCAGAAUGUCAAUCCAGAAUACACAGAAAAGAAAGCAGUGUGACUCUGCAAAGUGCUUUAGAUCUCACAGGUAAGGAUUUGAGGGAAGAGAUGGAAGAGAGCCACCAUAGCACGUGUGGUUUGCUCGGCAGGCAGAUGCCCUCCCUCUGGAGAGCAGGAGCCCUAACAAAGCAGGGAAGGGUGCACGUGGAGAGAGCGGCGUUACACAAGUGUCAUCUCCCAGAGGUGCUGUAUGUGAUGAGGGAAGUCAGUGUGUCUGAGCAGCAUUAGCUUUGCCUGGAGGAACCUGCAGGGCUGCGCUGUGCAGGUGGGGCAGCCCUCAGUACUGCAUUUUUUUGCUUCCUAGGAGCAAACGCUGGGCAGAGAGCAGAUGAGAGCAGAAGGCACCUGGCAGUGCUUGGCCAAGCACAGCCCAUUGGCAGAGACUUACAUAGGUGUUAUGCUCAGAUUCCACGUUUUAGUUGUGUUCUAGUCCAAAAAAGGUUUAAGUGUCAUUGAAUGCAUUGGAACUUGAAUGUGCAUGUAGUUGCUUGGCUGAGUCGUGGCUGGAGCCAGUGGUGUUUCUGCUUAGACAGCCAGUAAAGAGGUCAGUGUGGCUCUGCUGCAGGUAUUUACACUGGCUUAGUCAGAAAUGGACUGAGAAUGUGUUGCAACCUCUCCUUCUCUGUAUCCUAACUGAGGUUGAGAAGUUAGGGAUGUUUUUUAAUAGGAACAGUCUCAAAGAUUUUUUCUGUAGCAUCUCCACGUGCCCUGGUUCCUUGAUCUCUUUCAUAUGUGACUUUCUUGUUCAUAGAGAUUUGCAGCCCUCUGAACAUCCUGGUAACAACUAAAGAUGCAUAAUGUACAAACAUGUUGAAUCCAGAAAUAUCUCUUGGUGUCUCUGCUCUCUGUUGAUCAAUUCAGGUUUCCAAAACCGGAGGGUGAAUUUCCCCAGCAUCAGUGACCGAGGCAGCUUUCAAGCUUGGGAUGGAGCUGGCGAGCAGGCAGGAUCCUUAUUUGCGAGUGGUUGUGCACACUGCAGUGUGCUGCAGAGCCCUGACACUCCUGCUACAGGCUGUGUUUGACCUGCUGAUCCCAGAUCAUGCAGCAGAUGCCUUCUCCCCGCCUCGUCUGCCCAAGCCUGGCACGUACGACCUGCUUCUGGAGUGGCUGCUGGGGGGUCUGGCACACUGGGACGCAGAGCAUUUCCUCUUCAUCGCAGAGCGGGGUUACCUGUAUGAGCACAACUGCGCCUUCUUCCCACUUUACCCUCUGAGCUUGCGAGCUGUGGCCGAUGGCACUCUGUGGCCCCUGCGGCAGCUGCUGUGUUUGCGGAGCCGCCUGCUGCUGUCAGCCAUCCUCCUUAAUUCUCUCUUUUCUGUGCUGGCAGCCGCUGCCCUGUACAAGCUGGGCUGUGCUGUGCUGCGGUGCCGCAGAACAGCCUUCCUCUCUGCCCUUCUCUUUUGUAUCAGCCCUGCCAACGUGUUCAUGGCGGCUGCUUACUCGGAGAGCAUGUUUGCCUUCCUGGCCUUCAGUGCCAUGUGGCAACUGGAGAAGGGGCAGAGCUGGCUCAGCUUGCUGCUCUUUUCCCUUGCCACUGGUGUGCGUGCCAAUGGGCUUGUGAAUGCUGGUUUCUUUCUCUACUCCCGCAGUAAAUCCUUUGCCCUCCAGCUCCAGGUGGGUUCAGGCUCUGUAAGGAAGCUCUCUCUGUUAUGGAGGCAGCUCCUCAGUGUGGCAUCUUCCAUGCUUCUGACAUGUGCUGGGAUUUGUCUGCCUUUUGCUUUAUUUCAGUAUUAUGCCUACAUGAGGUUCUGCAGCCCUGGCCUGGAACUGGCUGUUCCUGAGCCACUGCGGCAGCUGGCUUUGGACAAAGGCUAUCGUCUGGUGUCCCCCCAUGGGGUAAAACCCCCUUGGUGCUCCCAGCGGUUCCCUGUGGUCUAUUCUUAUAUUCAAGAUGUUUAUUGGAAUGUGGGCUUUCUGAGGUAUUUUGAGCUCAGACAAGUACCAAAUUUUUUGCUUGCAUUACCUGUCUCGCUUUUGGGCUCGUGGGCUGCCUGGACCUUCAUUGUUGCAAACCCACGGCACUGCCUGACCCUGGGACUAGAGAGAAGAAAGAAGAAACGAGAGGGUAAACCCAGAGCCGGGUUUUGCUGCCCUGCUGUCUUCGUGUACGUGGUCCAUGCUACGGCCCUGCUGGUGCUGGGGUUCUUCUGCAUGCAUGUUCAGCAGCUGCUGGCAGAGUUCCCGCAUGGGUCUGUGACGAGGACUGCAGAGGCGCGUUUGCCCAAAGCCCGUGGAGCCCCUGAUAAAACAGCGGCGCUGAGCUGGGAGGCGUUUCGUUCCACGUGUAAUAAAUUCCAGCUCCGCGAGGUGGGGCUGUGUGCCAUUCCCUGUGCCAGCAGCGCGAUGGCUGCCGCCGGUUGCUCGUCGCGUGGUAUCCGUUCGGGGUUGCUCAGAGCCCGACCGGCGACGAUUGUCUGCCUGUUGCUUCCAGGUGCUGACCCGGUUUCUCGGCUCCUCCAGCCCUGUGCUGUACUGGUUCUCCGCCCACCUGCUCCAAGGACACGAGGCCUGGCUCUGGGAGGAGGGGGCCGACGGGCAAAGCACGGUGCGCGUUCGCGAGAGGUGCGUGCUGGGUGCAGCGCCCGGCUCCUGCGGGAAGGGCCCUGCGGGGGGACACCCGCUGCUCAGGCUGCUGUUGAGCUACCGCUCCAUGACCGUCGUCGGGCGGUGCCUCCUGGGGUUCUUCGCGUCCUACUGGCUGCUAGGGCUGGUGCUGCACUGCAACUGCUUGCCUUGGACAUAGCGAGCGGCUGUGGCCGCGGGUUGGGACGGACGGCGGGGGGACGGAUGGAGGAGUCCGAACGGAACGUUUUCUAAAGAACCGGACGUGUCCCGAGGCCGUCGUGCGCGACGAGGUGCUGCCGGACGGCGCCGUCCGUCGUCAGGUGCCCGAGCGCAGCCCGCGCUGCCGGCACUGCACGCAGCUCUGCGCGGGCGCGGCCCGCCCCGCUCUCCCGUCGUCUCGGCGCGGCCGGCAGGGGGCGCUGCGGGCUCCGGGCGGCGCCGCGAAGGACCGCGAGUAGCGGCGGGUCUCAGCGCCCCGGCGGCGAUUCGCGGUGUUCCGGGACCGCGUCCGCUUCUCGUGCGGCGGCGUCUCGGCCUUCCCGCUCGCUCCAUCCCGGCUCCUCGUCGGCCGUCCCAGCCCUCGCAGACGCCGUGGAUGCCCGCACCUCCCGCCCGCCCCACGGAAGCGGUCGCCGACGAGAUCGUGGCGAAGCGCCGGUGCUGCUACGGCUGCGGUGCCCCGUCCCGCGCGGAGCUCUCACUGCGGCGGCCGCGUCGGUGAGUCGCGAACGUGGCGCUGUGCGUCCCGUGGACGUGGGGCUGUUGGUGCUGCAUUUACGUUCACAAAGGGUCGCGCAACGCGACGGUGAUGCGGCAGCUUGAUGCAGAGCCUGGGAGCCAUCGGGCUGCUCAGCUGAGCUUCUAAGAAAACGGUGUGGGACCAAAGCCGGCCAUUUCAAUGUGGAAUUAGAACUCUGCGUUCCUUCUUGUUGCUGGUCUCAUCCUGCUUGCAGGGGGAAAGACGAGGCAGUGCCCCAAGCUGGAAAAGCUUUUGUAAAGCACAGAAGUGCAUUGUGCAGCUCACGCUACAGCAGUGCUCAUUUCUCUGGGCAUUCCUCGUUUCUUAUCAUAGAGUCAUAAAAUGGUUUGGGUUGGAAGGAACUUUAAGAUCCUCUAGUUCCACCCCUUUCUGCAGGCAGGGACACCUCCUACAGGCCAGAUUGCUCACAGCCCCAUCCGGCCUGGCCUGGCCGUGAAUGCCUUCACAGAGGGAGCAUCCUCAGCCUGUUCCAGUGGCUUGCCACCCUUACAUUAAAGAAUUAUUCUCUAAUAUCUAAUAUAAAUCUGUGUUCUUUAAAGAGAGUUUAAGGCUGUUUCCCCUCAUCCUGUUGCUACGUGCUUGAUAAAAAGUCCCUCCCCAGCUUUCCUGCAAGGUACUGAAAGGCUGCUAUAAAGUCCCCCUGGAGCCUUCUCCAGGCUGCAGAGCCCCAACUCUCUGGGCCUGUCUCUGUAGGGGAGGUGUUCCAGCCCUCUGCUCUCCCUCAUGGCCCUCCUCUGGAUUCACUCCAACAGUUCCAUGUCCUCCUUGUGUUGGGGGCCUCAGAACUGGAUGCAGUACUCUGCAUGGGGUCUCACAGUAGCAGAGUACAGGGGCAGAACCACCUUCUUUUCUCUCAUCGACUGACACCUCCAAAUUCUUCUCCUCAGGGCUGUUUCUUAUGCCAGAAGAAAGCCAUCUUUGCCUUGUACACCGAAAGCAAAUGCUUCAGCAGCUUGGGGAGUAAGAGCUGAGAGGUGCCUGGCAGUGGAGGAAAGCUGCGUGUGGUCAAGGACUGUGGAGCUUGUGUUGCUCCAUUUUGAAUCUAUUCAAUUAGUUCUUAGUUAUCUUCAGCAGUUUGGGAAAGGAGAUGGGUGUAGUUGGUACACACCUAUGAAGCGAGAUUGAAUGACGGGUUAAGUGACAGCUUAAAGAUCCAUCUUUUUGGUUUGGACCCCAUCCCUGCUCUAUGACACAGGCAUCACUUGAAGUUCCGAGUGGUGUAGGCAUGUGGAGAGUUGUUAGUGCGGAGGUGAUCCUUCCUCCUGCUCACCUUUGGCUCUUGUCCAGCCUAUGGGCACUCGGAGAUUGACCCCUAGUAAAGAAGGACCCUCUGUCCUCUGCUCAAUACCCAUUUGUGAGAGGAUGGGGUGAGCUGAAAGAUGUUCGUCCCUUGAGCCGUUCCUGUCUGGAUCUACUGGCCAGUGGGUAUUCUGUUGGUGUAGGCACUGAUGUUUUUGGUCAGGGUUUUGGAGCACAGCAGGUGAAGCAGAGCAGAUGGUAGUUGAGGUUCUGCAGGAGUGUGGGCCCUUGGCAACGUGCCUUUGGUGAGCUGUGUUGGCUCAGAGACUGCACAGCUCCACUCUGAUGUGGUUUGUCAGCAAGAACAAACUUGGGAGAUCAUAGAUUAGCACUUUAUGUUUGGAGAGAGUUAGAACUAGAUGGUUUUUUUUUCAGCUUAAGCUUUGUUCCCCAACUCCAACCUCUCUGGUUCCCGCCGGGGAAGCAGUGUGAAGGAGGUGAGCCCUAAGCAGAAA